AUGACUGACGCUCAGAUCGCCGGCGGCCACAAGGCUACUAUCAACAACCCCAACGUUUCCGAAGAGGCCAAGGAGCACUCCCGCCAGGUCCUUGAGAACGAGUUCAACGGCGGCGAUGUUGCUGGUGCCGAUGAAAACAAGGAGAAAAACCCCAACAACGUUGCUGGUGGCCUCAAGGCUACUCUGAACAACCCCAAUGUCUCUGACGAGGCUAAGAAGAAUGCCCAGGAGCGUCUCGACAAGGAGGAUUUUUAA